AUGCCUGGACGGGUUCUGCCGACCUUCACCCCCGCCGAGGUCGAAUCGCAUAACAGCGCCAAGUCUUGCUACGUGACCCUCGGCCGCAAUGUCUACGAUGUCACCGAUUUCAUAAACGAUCAUCCCGGUGGAGGGGAUCUGAUCUUGGAGUAUGCGGGUAAGGAUGUCAAGGAGAUCAUGGAGGACGAGGUCUCCCAUACCCACAGCGACGCCGCCUAUGAGAUCCUGGCGGACUGCCAUGUCGGCUUCGUGAUUUCGGAUAGUACGGCUGUCCCGACGAAAGGGAAGAGCUCUGCGACAGACGUGGGAGGUGAACCAUCACGGGCCGUUUACGGAACCACCGGCAUGUCGCGCGAAGAAGACCUCUCCGUCGACACGGACUAUACGGAAGAUUUCAAGACACACCAUUUUCUGGAUCUCAACAGGCCACUGCUCAUGCAACUCUGGUUUGGCGGGUUCUCCAAGGAAUUCUACCUCCAACAGGUGCACCGGCCUCGUCACUACAAGGGAGGCGAGUCCGCGCCGCUUUUUGGCAACUUCUUAGAGCCACUUAGUAAAACGUCGUGGUAUACUAUUCCCAUCCUCUGGCUGCCUCCUGUCGCCUACGGAACCAUGCUCGGAUUUGCAGGCUUGGGCAACCCGGCUGCCGCUGCCACAUACUGGAUCGGUGGUCUCUUUCUCUGGAGUUUGGUCGAGUACAUACUGCAUCGCUUCCUUUUCCACGUUGAACGGUGGCUUCCGGAUAACCGCGUUGGUCUGACCCUUCAUUUCCUGCUGCACGGCAUCCACCACUAUCUGCCCAUGGACAAAUACCGACUCGUCAUGCCCCCCACGAUGUUUGUGAUUCUAGCCGCCCCAUUCUGGAAGUUGGCGCAUGCAGUGUUCUUUUACAAUUGGUAUGCAGCUGUGACCGUCUACUGUGGUGGUAUUUUCGGCUACAUUUGCUACGACCUGACUCAUUACUUCCUCCAUCAUCGCAACCUUCCUCUGCACUACAAGGAACUCAAAAAAUACCACCUACAGCACCACUUCGCCGACUUUGAGAAUGGCUUUGGCGUGACUAGUCGGUUCUGGGACCGCAUCUUUGGCACGGAGCUAGAGACUCCGCCUCCUAAGGGUGCCAAGGCUCAAUAA